GCCACACACAGCGACUCACGGCUCCUCGGGAGGAUUAUGCCAUUAUAGCCGACGACUUGAGCUUCCUCGACAUUCAGCAGCUUCAAGGCGAAGUCAGCCCUGCUCCCCGGACGCGCCGCGGGAACCAUGGACGACCCCUAUCACAACAACGUGAACCAGCAGGUGACGGAGGGCGGAGAAUACACCUACACUCAAGAUGGAGGGGGCCAGGACGGCUACCCCUACCAGACGGAUUACCCUCCGCAGGAAGAGGACGCCGCCAGCGACGCCACCGAGGGGGCGGAUGAGGACGAGCAGAUGUACGAGGGGGAGUAUCAGGGCGUCCCCCACCCCGACGAGAUCAAGGAGGCGCGGCGGGCGGCCCGGGCGGAGGCCCGGAGGAAAGCCCGCCAGGCCGCCCAGCAGGAGGAGGAGGAGGAGAACCUGCCCGAGCAGUACGAGACCAUCAUGGAGGACUGCGGCCACGGACGCUUCCAGUGGAUGCUCUUCUUCGUGCUGGGCCUGGCGCUAAUGGCCGACGGCGUGGACGGCUUCGUGGUGGGCUUCGUGCUGCCCAGCGCCGAGAAAGACAUGUGCAUAUCCAACGCCGACAAAGGCCUGCUGGGCCUGCUGGUCUACGUGGCCAUGAUGGUGGGAGCGCUGGUCUGGGGUGGUCUGUGUGACAAAAUGGGGAGGAGGAAGUGUCUCAUCUACGUCCUGACCAUCGACCUGGUCUUCUCCUUCCUGUCCUGCUUCGCUCAGGGUUACGGCUUCUUCCUCUUCUUCAGGUUCUGCUCCGGCUUCGGAAUCGGCGGCUCCAUCCCGAUCGUGUACACGUACUUCACAGAGUUCCUGCAGAUGGAUAAACGUGGAGAACAUCUGAGCUGGCUCUGCAUGUUCUGGAUGCUGGGGGGCCUGUACGCCUCCUUCACCGCCUGGGGAAUCAUUCCACACUAUGGAUGGGGCUUCGCCAUCGGUUCAGAGUUCCAGAUGCACAGCUGGCGGCUCUACAUCCUGGUGUGCCUCUUUCCAGCACUGGCUGCGCUCGUUGGCAUCAUCUUCAUGCCGGAGAGCCCUCGCUUCCUGCUGGAGAAUGCCAGACACGACGAGGCGUGGAUGAUCCUCCGACAAGUUCAUGACACCAACUGGAAGGCCAAAGGAGAGCCCGAGAGAGUCUUCACUGUGACCAACAUUAAGACUCCGCAGACCCAGGAGGACGAGUUCAUAGAGAUUCAGAGUGAAACAGGAACUGCCUUCCAGCGCUGGACCGUCCGGCAUGUGACCAUGCUGCAGCAGGUGAUGGCCAAUGUGAUGUCUCUGUCAGCUCCAGAGCUCAGACUACAAGGCCUCUUCCUGGUCAUCGUCUGGUUCUGUUUGGCCUUCAGCUACCACGGGCUUGGAGUUUGGUUCCCCGAUAUGAUCAAGUACAUGCAGUAUGAGGAGUACGAGUCCAAGGUCCGCGUGUUCCACCGAGAACGAGUGGAACGGUUCCACUUUAACUUCUCUCUGGUCAACCAGAUCCACCGGGAAGGAGAAUAUGUCCAUGACAAAUUUGCAAACAUUGAGAUCAAGUCAGUAAAGUUUGAGAGCUCUCUGUUUGAGAACUGCUACUUCGAAGACAUCAAAUCAACCAACACCUUCUUUGAGAACUGCACCUUGAAAAACACCGUCUUCUACAACACAGAUCUAUGGCAGGAAAAGUUCAAAAACUGUCGGAUGGAGAACACGACCUUCCUCCACCCGAAGAAAGGCUGCCACCUGAACUUCCAGGAGGAGAAUGACAUUGUCAUCUACAUGGUCAGCUUUUUAGGAAGUUUGGCGGUGUUGCCUGGCAACAUCAUCUCGGCGCUGUUCAUGGACAAGAUAGGCAGGAUCCGAAUCAUAGGUGGCUCCAUGCUGGCGUCGUCGGCCUGCACCUUCCUGCUGCUCUUGAGUUUCAGUCAAGGAGCUGUAAUAUGCUGGCAGUGUCUCUUUUACGGCGCCAGCGUGGCGGCGUGGAACGGACUGGAAGUCAUUUCAGUGGAACUCUACCCCUCGUCUAAAAGAGGGACUGCUUUCGGCAUCCUCAACGGGCUCUGCAAGUUUGCGGCCAUCGUCGCCAGCUUCAUCUUCGCAGCCUUCAUCGGGGUCACCAAGAUCAUCCCCAUCUUCCUGGCCUUCGCCGCCCUGGUCUGCGGAGGUCUGGUGGCUCUGAAGCUGCCUGAAACCCGGGAGAAAAUCCUGUCUUAAAAAGCCAAACUCUUGCAGCCUCCUGGCCUCCACACUCAGUACAGCCAGGAGGGAAGGGGUGGGGGCCGCGAUGAAAGUACCAGUUUCUUCAACUGAGACAGAGAGACGAGGA